CUGAUCGUAACAAAUGUAUGAGAGCAAAAUACAGUGUGUGCAAACUACUCUGGAACAAAUGAGGGUUUAAGAUGCCAUGACUUAAUGUAUUGAUAGUGUACCUUUUUCGCGUUAAAAUUUUUUUGUGUGGAUAUUUGUGUUGCGUGCCUCGCUUAAUUGGACGACAUUUGGCUACCAAGAACAUCGACUUCAACCCAUCUAUCAUGCCUUUAACGGCGGCGGUCAUCAGCGGGGUGCAGAAGCUGGUUCUGUACGAGACCAGAGCUAGAUACUUUCUCGUGGGGAGCAAUCACGCCCAGACCAAACAUCGUGUUCUCAAAAUUGACCGCACGGAACCUCGGGACCUUGUGAUUAUCGAUGACAAGCACGUGUACAGUCAACAGGAGGUCAGGGAGUUGCUAGGGCGACUGGAUCUUGGCAACCGCCCCAAGAUGGGUCAGAAGGGCUCAUCUGGCCUCUCCAGAGCUGUGUCUGCCUACGGCAUCGUAGGCUUUGUCCGCUUCCUGGAAGGCUAUUACAUAGUCCUGAUCACCAAACGGAGGAAGAUGGCUGACAUAGGCGGCCACUCUAUCUACAAGAUCGAGGAUACCAGCAUGAUCCACAUCCCCAACGACUCAGUCAGGGUUACCCACCCUGAUGAGGCCAGAUAUGUAAGGAUCUUCCAAAAUGUGGACCUUUCUAGCAACUUCUACUUUAGCUAUAGCUACGACCUCAGCCAUUCGCUGCAAUACAACCUGACGCUGCUGAAGAGCCCAUGUGACCCAGGGGCGGAGCCAGAGGAGGAAGUGCACACACAGAGCCGCCAGGACAGCUUUGACAUAUUUGAGGACGAGGGCCAGCCCACGCAAGUGGUCCAUGGGAUUCAGAACGAGCCCUACGCCAAGUAUGUGUGGAACGCCAAGCUCCUGGAGUGUGUCAAGGACGUGGUGCAUCACGACUGGCUCAUGUACAUCAUUCACGGCUUCUGUGGCCAGUCCAAGCUCCUGAUAUAUGGAAGGCCGGUCCAUGUGACGCUCAUCGCCAGACGCUCAAGCAAGUUCGCCGGAACUCGCUUCCUCAAAAGAGGAGCCAACUGCCAGGGCGACGUGGCCAAUGAGGUUGAAACAGAGCAGAUCAUCCAUGACGCCUCUGUGAUGUCGUUCAGAGCGGGAAGCUACUCGUCCUAUGUCCAGGUCCGGGGCUCCGUCCCCCUCUACUGGUCCCAAGACAUCUCCACCAUGAUGCCCAAACCCCCUAUACGCUUGGACCAGGCCGACCCCUACGCCCACGUGGCCGCGCUCCACUUCGACCAAAUGCUGCAGCGUUUCGGGUCACCCAUCAUCAUCCUCAACCUCGUCAAGAAACGAGAGAAACGGAAGCAUGAGAAGAUCCUGAGUGAGGAGUUGUAUCCAGCCAUCUUAAACCUCAACCAGUUCCUCCCACCAGAACACUGCAUCGACUACAUUGCCUGGGACAUGGCACGGUACACCAAAAGUAAACUGUGUAAUGUACUGGAUCGCCUCAGUAUGAUAGCAGAGAAUGUGGUCAAGAGGACUGGCUUCUUCAUCAACCGCUCCGAUUUCUACUGCCACAACCUCCGGCCGGAUGAUAGAUGGGGAGACUUGGGUGGUCACAUCUCCUCCAAUGGACGUGUCCAGACUGGAGUCCUGCGGACCAACUGUGUGGACUGUCUAGACCGGACCAACACCGCCCAGUUCAUGGUGGGGAAGUGUGCCCUGGCCUAUCAACUCUAUGCACUGGGCAUGAUUGACAAGCCCAAGCUCCAAUUUGACACAGACUGUGUCCGGCUGUUUGAGGAGCUCUAUGAGGACCAUGGAGACACCCUCUCUCUCCAGUAUGGCGGCUCCCAGCUGGUCCACAGGGUGAAGACAUACCGCAAGAUCGCCCCCUGGACGCAGCACUCUAAGGACAUCAUGCAGACACUGUCCCGUUACUACAGCAAUGCCUUCUCAGAUGCUGACAGACAGGAUGCCAUUAACCUGUUCCUGCAGGUGUAUCAGCCAUGUGACAACAGGCCUCACCUGUGGGAGCUGCCUACAGACUUCUACCUGCACCAGAGCAACACCAUGGCCCUGCUCCACCACCGCCGCAGCUACACGUACUGGUGGUCGGAGGGAAUCUUGUCCUAUCUGCCACUGCCCUAUGAUGAAGUCCCUUGUGAAGAGAACAUGAAGAAGGUGAAGGUGAAGAGGGUCAACCGCUAUGACCAGAGCAUCGACAUCUACACAGAGUUCUUCAAACCAUAUGAGCUCACCUCAUUUGACGACACGUUCUGCGUGGCCAUGACCAACUCUGCCAGGGAGUUCAUGCCCAAGACGGUGGGAGUGGACCCCAGUCCCUUCACUGUGAGGAAGCCAGAGGAGACAGGGAAGUCAGUGCUGGGUAAUAAGAGCAGCAAGGAGGAGGCAGUGCUCCAGAGGAAGACUGCGGCCAGCGCCCCGCCCCCCCCCAGUGAGGAGGCCAUAUCCAGCAGCUCGGAGGACGACUCGGAGGAGGACCGCGAGGACGACGCCUCCGUCUCCCAGCGCUCCACCCCUGUCAGGAUAUCCGAGGCAGGGGACGGCGGCCGCGCGCAGGAGGACCAGCAUCAACCAAUGAGGGAGACCUACGGGCUCAACCUGGAUGACUCUCCCGCCAAGGAUGACCUGGUCAUAUACCACACGUUUGCACACCUGGGUCAGAAUCAACACACGGUGGAGAAGACGGAGCCCACUUACUUAGAGAAUGCCAUCAACCUGGUGCCUGUGUCCCGUUUCGAGGAGGACAGCAUCUUCGAGGUGUCCCCGCCACGAGUGGACAAGGAAACGUGCGAGCUGUUUGAGAGCCAUGUCAUGACUGGCCACGGCCAGGUGAGGGCGCUGUGCAGGGAGGACGUGCUCAUGUACCGAGAGUACAUCAAGAACAGGUACAUGUAGGAACCAGCUCCACCAACCUGUCGUGACCCCAUCUCCACCUCAUCCUUGUCUCCUCGUCUGGAUGGGACCGAGGGGUUUGGACGGGGUGGGGGAAGGGAGGGCUCGACGGGGAUGAGUCUUCACAUACCUCAUUCAGGAAGACCAGGUGGGAGCUGUUUGGAUAUAUCCUGCUUGGAUGGAUUUGGAUGGAAGCUCUAUGGGGUGCCAUUUCAAGGACCUUUUUUACAUUUGCUAUAAUGUUCCAUUCUGGUGUGAGAACCGUCCUUUGGGUGCCAGAGACUCACAGGUGCAGUAACAGACCUUGCUAAACAGGAAAAUUACAUUAUGUUGAUGUCUUACAAGAACUUCAAAGUAGGACUGCUCAUGUUUUAAUGCUUGCUUUAAUUAUGCAGGUAUGUGCAUUUUCAAAGGCCAACAUCCAAAUGUCCAUUUUAUUUGCAACCUUUUUUAGUUUUUUUCUCUUUUUUUAAUGGCAUACCUGACUUUUAAAAUAACAGCUAUGUAUUUUUUCUACAUGCAAAUUUGAUUUUCAGUCAUUGUCAAGAUACUGAAGAAAUUAUGGAAGAUGUAAGCUGUUCAAAUGAUUGGUUGCACUUAGCCGAUAAAGCCCAUGAAAUUAUAAAAGGUUUGACUGAAUCCAAGAUGUAAUUUUAUUUAUAUUUUAAUUUGUCACACUAAUUAAAUCAUGAGUUGGAUGACUGCCUUACUGUUAAAUGUACUUCAUAAGGAUUAUGUAAAGGACAUGAUGUCUUAAUUAAACAUUAUU